GUUCCAGAACUUUCCAAGCAUUUUUAUUUCCCAUUUUUAUUUCUAAUUUCUGAUAUAGCCAGAAGAAGAAAGAGAACAAUUAAAUAAAAUAUGCCCAACAAGUCUAGAAGUUUCGGCUGCGGAUCCAUUUAAGCUUCGUUCUCUCCCACCAUAGCUGCCCCCGUAGUCUCGUCUUCUUCGUUGUCUAUGGGUUUUCAGACAAACACCAACGAUCUAACGUAACGAAAAGGGCAAAAAUAUCUCGAAGAUACCCAUUUGAUCUUAGACCCAAUUCACUUUGUUCGCAGUUGUAAUCGCCUGUGCAGAUCAUUCUUUCUCUCUAAUUCUUACAGCUUCAUUGACAAUCAAUCUCAGACCCUUUUCUUCUUUCCUCGUCUUAAAUCCUGCACUUCGGUUAAAAAUCUGAUUCUUCUUUAUUAUUUAGGAUUCUCUUUUCGUUUCAAUUAAGACCCCUUUGUGUUCAGAGUAAUAUGAUCAAUCAGGAAAUAGAUUCAUUUUUUUCUCUAUUUGUUCUUCUGUAAUUUCAUUUGUUUCAGAUGAUUCCAGAGCUUUCAUUUCCUGUUUCUUCUUCUCUAAUUGGACCUUCAAUUCUUUCUUCUAACCCAUUUGAUUGGACCCGUCUGGUGAAACUCCCUUAUUAUACAAAGCCCUUUGAUGAACACAUUUACAAAUUGCAUUGCUGCUUCAAAUCUAGCUGAAGUUUAAGAAACUUGAAACUUGUUCUGAACCCAUUAAAUUUCCAGAAGUUCUGAUUGUUUCCAAUCAUGAAUCCUCCACGCUCAGUGAAAGAAGAGUUUCCUGAAGGGGGUUUAUCCAACUCCGGCGAGCCGCAAUCGUUUCCUCCCCAGCCAAUGGAGGGUCUUAAUGAGACAGGCACUCCACCUUUCCUAACAAAGACAUUCGAUAUGGUCGCUGACCCAAACACCGACCAUAUAGUUUCUUGGAGCAUUGCAGGAAACAGCUUUGUUGUCUGGGAUCCCAACACCUUCUCCAUGAAUCUUCUCCCCAGGCACUUCAAGCACAACAACUUCUCAAGCUUCGUCAGGCAGCUUAACACCUAUGGCUUCAGAAAGGUCGAUCCAGAUAAGUGGGAGUUUGCCAAUGAAGCAUUUCUAAGAGGUCACAAGCAUCUAUUGAAGAGCAUCAAGAGGAGGAAGGCACCCUCCCAGCCUAUCAUCCUUCAACAGCAACCUCCGGACCCUUCCCUCGAAGUGGGACAAUUUGGAUUGGAUGGAGAAAUCGAUCGGUUGAGGCGUGACAAGCAGACCCUAAUGCUGGAACUUGUGAAACUCAGACAGCAGCAGCAGAAUACCCGUGCCCACCUUCGAGUUAUGGAGCAAAGGCUACAAGGAACAGAGUUGAAGCAGCAACAAAUGAUGAAUUUCUUGGCAAGAGCAAUGAAGAACCCAAGUUUUAUCCAGCAAUUAGCCCAACACAAGGAAAGGAGAAAGGAACUAGAAGAAGCCAUCACAAAGAAAAAAAGGCCCAUCGAUCAAGGACCCAGCAAUGUCAUUGAAGUUGGCGAAUCAAGCCAAAGAGGCUGGGAAGAACAGAACCAAAUCAAGAGCGAACCAGAAGACUUCUCAGACCUCUUCGGGUUCGAAGCGUCGGAGCUGGAGAUAUUGGCAAUGGAGAUGCAGGGAUUGAGUGAAACUGGAACGGAGCAACAAAAUGGAGAACAACAACAAGAAACGAAUCUUGAGGGUGAAGAAGGUAAAGCACUGGAUAAGGGUUUCUGGGAAGAAUUGUUGAACGAGGGCUUGGGUGGAGAAACGGGUCCCUCAGCUGCCGAGGAAGACGAAGAGGACAUGAAUCUCUUGGCCAAGUUCGGUUACUUGAGUUCUAUCUCAAGUUAGAACUCAUCUGGGUUCUUUCGAUCAAAUUGAUUUUGACAAAGAUGGAGCUGUAAUCAGAAGGAACCCAACAUUGUAUGUGUGGAUUGGAUAAGCUGGUGUUACUGUAGUUUAGGGGAUGUGAUUUAUACCUGCAAACUGCAACUUCAUUUCUUUUUUUUUUUCUUUGUUUUAGGUGAAGAAUUUGCCAUUUACUGCUCCUCGAUCGAUCUCAUUUCUCUUCAGUUGAGAAGAUUGCAGACACUGCUCCAAAGAAUUUGGGGGAAGUCCCUAUCUUAACUCAUAUAGUAUAUACCAUUUAUCCAAUCUUCCUUAAUGAUUUUAACAAAUUUCCUUUGUAAUCUGGAAUGAAAUGUAGAUCUUUUCAGCAGCAAGAGCUGGUUGAGCUUCAAGACUUCGAAGAUGGUUUUAUCUCCAACCAAAGUUUGCAAUCUAAACGGGUUAGAUAUGAUGCUUUUUCUCGGUUAGAUAUUUUGUGCUCGUCAUGCACUUGCUUGACCUGAUCUCUCUCCUAGUUCUUCCAGUCUCGUUUCUCUUUUCAGACAGUCUCGGCGGAUGGAACAACGUAAACACCAUUGUUAGAAAAAGAUAGUCGGUGUCUUACGUUGUAACACUUGUACCAUACUGCUAAGUGGGCGUUAAUGCAGGCCGGAGACCCACCCAGACCCUGUAGGACUGCUCUGCACGGCACGGCAUGGCUCGGCUUUCAAAAUUCCGGUACUAAGGUCUCAUAUUUUCAUUACCGCUGCUCAAUCUUAUCACACACAUGACUCUUGAGCUUGCCGAGAGAUACCAUAGAUCCUUGAAGAUGGAAGGGAAAAAAAACCCAUGGAUGGGGACUUAAGAGGGUUUUCUUUUCAGUAAAUGGUGGCGUCUCUGCAAAGUGCAUAUCUUGUGGGUUUGGGUGGCAUAGUUUAUUCAAACACUUUCCAUUAAUGGGUUCCACUGAAGCAGCAGAAAAGCUGAGAGCUAAGCUUCUUCAUACAGUUUUGCUUUGGGAACCAACCUUGUGGAUUGGAUUGGCUAGGGUUGGAUUUGGGGUUGAGGUUGAGUCAUGGGUACGUCCAUGUGAUAUCAUGUCUUUGCUCUUUCUUAUGUCUAAAUGGUUGGAAAUCGAUUCACAAUGCAAGACAACAGAAACCACAGGUUGAAUUGGUGGUUCACUUUGUUUCACAAUGCUUCAUUGGGGCCAUAUCAUAGAUGUGAAUCUCAGUUAUUUCUAGAA